CCCUUGGCAACUUGCAUCCCCUCCCCCUCCCCCUCUCCACCUGUCUGGCUGCGUCUCCUUUCCAUCGGGCCCCCUUCUUGUAGCUGCACCCUCGCCGCUGCACACACGCGGCUGGUCAAACCCAUGAGCGGUUCCUCGCGGAAGACGCGCCGGACGCCGAGCGCGUCAGCAUCCCGCGCGUCACCGCCCCCACAAGCCCCCUCCGGCCGGCGGACAAGCCCCCGGAAGGUGCGCCCGGUGACCGGGCGCCUCGCCCGGCGUCUGGCGUAUGAUCGAAUUCUGGAGCCCGGCUUCCGGGCCAGCAGCCUGGAUGCUGAUCAGCUCCGCCACCUGCUGGCCGAUGUUGGGGCCCGGCAAAUCCCUACCCAGGCAACCAAGAGUGACCUUGUGCGCAUGCUGGACCAGGUCAUUGAUGAUACCCCCUCGGACUUUGAGGUGUCCUCGGGCGAGGAUUCCGACCUAGAUGACAGUGCCCCGCCGGGCACCGCCCGUCAGCAGCCCCUCGCUCUGGAGGAUCUCCUUUCCGAAAGCCAGGGCGGCACCGGGCGUGCGGCCUCCCGGAGGCAACGAGAUCCGGCGACCAGUCCGGCCCUGGCGCCGGCUUCGGACUCGGCCGCCAAGAAGCGCCCGGCCGAAGAUAGCCCCGAUCAUGGGUCCAAGCGCCGGGCAUCAUCUCGGUCCGCCACCGCCGCCGUCGCCGCCGCCGCCGCCAAAGAGGCGCUCCCUGCAUCGGACCAGGAGAUGGCCUCGGCCUCUGAGGAGGCCCUUUCUCCCGAGCCACGCGCCAGCCGCAAGCGCAAGACCACAACUCCGGCCAAUCCCCCGGGCGUAGACUCCCCACGUAAGUCUUCCCAUCGGAGCACGGCGGCCCCCGCGGCCGGCUCGCCUGCCCUGCUAAUCCCCCACCUGGUUUCGCACUCACCCACCCCCAGCCCCGGCGCCUCGCCGGCUGACAGCGCUAGCCGCUCGCCGCCCGUGCCGACCAUCGCCGCGGCCCAGAAGGAGGCCGUUCGCCGGGCCGUUCGUGCCUCCGUCAAGGAGCCCCUCAGCCUGACCGAGCGGAAGCAGGCGGCCGAGCUCCGGGCCAGUGCCUUCCAGGAGGGGCCGCCCUCGCCGACGCGCCUGCAGGCGCCGGUGUCCCUGAAUUUGGCCUCCUUUUUGCAGCGGUCGCCGAGCAUGCGCAAUGGUGUCUUCCUGGAUGCCGACAGCGCGGCUGCCGGCCAGGGGCCGCGCGAUGACCGGCGCUUCGCCGGCGCUCGGCACAAUGACGAUGACACCAUCGCCUCCGAAGAGAUGGACAGCGCCAGCAGCUAUACCGACUCCCGGCUGACCAGCAGCAGCAGCGGCAGCAGCAGCAGCGAUGACAGCGACCCUUCCGCCAGCGAUGGCCCCAGCAUCUCCGAUGUGUCGGAUGUCCUGGAUUUCAGCGAAACGGAGGAGGAGCCGGAGCAGGCGGCCCGGGCCACAUUGGCCCGGCCAAUGAUGCCGGCUGCCUCGCCGGCCCUCGGGCCCAACCAUCCCCUCCGGGACCUGGACAGCCGGCUUCAACCGACCCCGUCGCCCAUUUCCCCCCUCGUGCACCGGCACAUCCUACACCCGGGAGUACAUCCCCAUGGGCAGACGCCGCCGGUGGCGGAGUUUUCCCGGCCCAUCCGACGCACCGGGUUGCCGGCCUCCCGGGCGGACCCGGCCCCGGGGUCCUCUCGGCACCUGCUGUCUCCUCACCCCGAUCAGGCCGCCCGGCGGACACCGGCCCCGAGCCCGGCAGCCCCGACCCCCGGCCUGUCGCCCUUCUCGCUGGGGCACCUUUUCUCCCCGGAUCGGUCACCAGCCGGGCCCGCGCGCCAGCCUAUGACCCCAAGCUCCGUCACCGCGGCCCGGCCCAAUCGCCUGCUUCGCCUGGCCGGCCUGCUGUUGGCCCUGCUGGCGGCCCUCGUGGCCAGCCUGUCUCUGUACUCCUACCUUUGGCAGUUGGCCCGGUACGAGUCGCUGCCCUACUGCGACUCCCAGUCGCCGGGCGACUUGUGGCCGCCGGCCGACUGGCGGAACCAAUCCUGCCGCCCGUGCCCCUCGCCCGGGGCCAUUCUCUGUGCCGGCGGGUGGCCGAUGCAAUGCACCCGGCGGAGCCAACAGCUGGUCCGUGGCGGCCCGGCAGUGGGUGGCCAUCUCAUUGGCCCGGCUGCCAGCCCCUGGCUGCGGCUCAUCUUCAGCAUGCUGGGCAGCUCCCGCUGGCGCUGCGUGGCCAACCCGAAUGCCGAGCACAUGCGGACCCUCGUGCGCCAGGUCCUGGCCGAGGCCCAUGGCCAGGCCCUGUGCAAGGAACUGCCCCCGGGGCCGGAUGGCUGGCCGGUGCCGGUUUCCCGUCUGGCCCAGCUGGCCUGGCAGCACCUCCACGAGGCUGAGGGGUACAUCCCGCCGGUGCUGCCGGUCAAGAGCCACGACCGGGCGGGGGGCUACUAUGGCCGGCCGGCCAAUGGUGCCGUCAAUGGCCCGGCCUCCCGGAUGUCUCUCAUGCACCCGGACACCUUCUAUCUGUUCUUCGAGGACAUCGUCUCGGAGGCGCGUCUCCUUCCGACGACCCUGUGCCCGCGCCUGCAAUUGCCCUUCAAUUGCCUGCAAUCGGUGGCCAUGGCGGCUGCCGCCUUUCCCGGCAGCAAUGGCGGUGGCGCCGGCGCCGGCGCCGGUGGUGGUGGCACUGGCCCCGGCACCCUCGGCGGGCAUUUCUAUGGCGGCGAGGCCGACACCUCCGGCGGGUCUCGCGGGCCUGGCAUUGACAAUGAGCAGCUCUACUUCCUGGCCGACCCGACGGCCGCCGGGCCGCGUAAGCUUCUCCUGGUCCCGGGGUAUACGCGGUCUUCGGCGUGCCAGGCGCGUCGCCUGGCACGACUGGUCGGCCUGCUGGCGGCCGCCGCCCUCGGCAUGUCGCUGCUGUGGCGGCACUGGCGCGAGUGGGGCGCUCGCCGGGACUGGAUCGAUCAGCGCACCCGCCAAACUCGCGCCCUCCUUCAAAGGCAGGCCGCCAAGGCCCAAUCGCCGGACACCCCGAGCACGUCGGCCGUCCUGUCGAUUGCGCAGCUUCGCGCGGCCGCCUUCGGCGAGAGUCGCCACCUGGAGGAGACUUUCUCGCUGUUCCGGCCGCGCGGCUGGCUUCCAGCGGCCCGGCGCAUGGUUGGUCUUGGCGACUGGCGCCCGGCUGCCUGGCUGCAGGUUGUCGAAGCCAUUCGCCGUGAUGCGCGCAUUCGCGAGAUCACCCACCGCAUUGCCGGCGACGACCAUGACUGUUGGGAGUGGAUUGCCCCGUUGGAUGUGGAUUUCCUGGCCCUGGCCGGUGACCUGGCCGACGGGGGACCGGCCAGCGAGCUGGGACCCGUGGCGGCCUCUCUUGCUGGGGGCCAGCCCUCCCAGCCUGUGACCGCGCCUGCCCAGCUGGAUGGGUCCUUUAGACUGCCCUCCCUCUUCCUCGGUUAGUGUCACUCUCCCCUAUCAUGACCCACAUUACACCUUGCCUCUUGUGCUA